CUCGGGAAGGAGCGAUUCCACAAGUCCCAACAUUUCGACUAUUCAAAUGGAGUCCCCAUGCUGGUGGGAUCCGAGAAGCCAGGCAUCGGAGGAGAGCUGUUGGUCGGCCAGAAGAUCAAACCAAAAUAUUCUGUCUACCCCAAAGGACAAGGCAGUGAUGUAGCAUCAUGGGUGGCCUUUGACAAACAGGUUUUGUGUUUUGAAGCUUUCUGUGAAGAGGCUGCACACGGGCCGCAGGAAGAGAUGACGAGAAUCAGAAAGUGUAAAAUCUACUUCUACCUGGAGGACGACACCAUACAGGUUGUGGAGCCACACUUAAAGAACAGCGCCCUGCUUCAAGGAACUCUUAUUCGCCGUCACCGUAUCCCACUGCCUCCUCCAGACGACGAGCAGUUCUACAACGUUUUCCACUUCAACCUCAACCAACAGAUGGUGCUCUACUCACGCACGUUCACUGUGACCAGCUGUGACUCUUUCACCAGGAACUUUCUAACAAAACUUGGGGUGAUCCUGAAUGAGCCUGCGACUGUGCCCGAUGACCCCUACAGCAAACUACGGGAACAGAUCCAGAAGAAUAUGAAUCCACUCCGGCCGUACGAGAGGCGUGACACACUGAAGCAGUUCCUGGACCACGACGGCCAAGUCCUGCGCUUCUACUGCGUCUGGGACGACACAGAGAGCGUGUUCGGGGACCCACAGGAGUUCACACUGCACUACUUCCUGGCUGACGACACCAUAGAGAUCCGGGCGGUUGCUGCCCCGAACUCUGGCAGAGAUGCCACGUCCAAAUUCCUGCGCCGCUGCAAGCUGCCGAAGAAUGGUCCGGCCCAGUUGAAGCUGCCUGGACAGUCCACGGACCGAACAAUGCUCAAUGUCUUUGACUCCAAGAGUCAAGGAAAACGCUACAUCCUGGACAGCAUCAAACCCGGAGCUGUGCAUGAGGAGUUCUAUAAGGACUGUGAUCUGACUGUUGGUGGGGAGGUGAAUGUGUUUGGUAGGAGAGUCCUCAUCGCCGACUGUGACGACUUCACCAAAGACUACUACCGCUCCAAAUACGGCAUCGAGGACUUCACCCCAAUUCAGCUCAAAGCUCCUGCUGCCCCUAAACCCCCGAGGCUGGUGCCCCCCUACAAUGGCUUCGGCUCAGAGGAGGACUCGCUAAGCUCCUGCCGGGGCCUCCUGCCCAAACCACCGCAGAAGGAUUUUCGCAAAUUUAUGGAGAAAGACAGAUACGGCCUGGACAGCAAUGUGCUGAGUUUCCACGCCAAGAUGGUGACCACCGAUCCAGUUGACAGUGAGAGGGUGUUCAUCAUCUCCUUCUACCUCUGCGAUGACUCCAUCACUGUGUUCGAACCCCCACAGAGGAACUCAGGCGUCCUCGGCGGCAGGUUUCUGGAGCGUGGUCGUGUGAAGAAGCCCGGCCAGGAGCUGUUUAAGAGCGAGCGGUCACAGUACUUUGAAGCUCAGGACCUGUACGUGGGAGCGACAAUCUGCCUCAACAACCAGAACUUUCUGCUUCUUGAUGCCGACGAAUACACCUUCAGUUACAUGGAGCAACACGCUGAGGAGUUCCCUAAAGCCAACGUGGGAAACAUCCUCAGUAGACUGCGAUCAGCUCCGGAGGAGAAACAGAGUGAGAUGAGGAAGUUUCUGACUCUCAGUGACCCCGGGAACACUGGCAUCAUCCCCUAUGAGUCGCUCAGGGGUCUGCUGAUGAACCUGGACUGUGGUCUGUCGGAGCAUGAGCUGCUGGUGCUGGGCCGAAGUCUCUGCGAGCACGAGCAGCCCGAGGCGGACGUGGGUCUGAUGCUGGCCGUGGCCCAGGACUUCCUCAGAAAGAAGAACUUUGAUGCGUUCCCCGACAUGACCAGAGCCCUCAUGCACCGUGACCGCUACAAAACCGGCCGACUCUCCACCAAAGAAACGAGGACCAUCUGUAAGGGGUCCCGACUUCCUGUGCCCGAGAGCCUGCUCGGUGGUCUGCUCAGCAAGUUUGCAGAUGAAGAUGAGAUUGACUACCAUGCGUUCGUUGCCGGCAUCAACUGGUUAGAGAACCCUGCUCCCCCCGUGAUGCCUGACGACACCUUGAAGUUUGACGUGAACACGAGGUCUGACAACAGUUGGUCUUCGGUGAAAAACAUCAACUACUCUGCUCUGCUGGGAGAAAUAUUUCCCUCCAGCGUCGGUGACCCAGCAGCCGCCGCCUCAACAUAGACCCAGAGACGCACACACUGCGCUAUCUAUGUACAAGAUUUAAAGUUUCUUCUCCUGUGGGUGAAUAAUUUGGCAGUGAGUUCAAACAUAACAAAAUGUGUGAUUUAGGGGGAAAGGUUUUGAGGUCACAGGCGCUUAUAUACUUAAAGAGACACACGGCAUCGAAGCAGAACUGUUUCAGGUCAGCGUGCGCUCACACGCAUCAUGAUGCAUCCUCCACUACUGUUCUAUGUUGACAAGGGGGGAAAUGACCCCUGGAAUGAACAUGUGCCUCGUGUUGUCUGUGCACCGGCUAACAACGAGACAUCGUCAUCGAGGCUGUCCGCUCACAGCUGUGGGAGCCAUAGAUGGGCUGUGAACUGUGUCCAGGCCACAAAGACCUCAUAUCAGUGAAUAGACUUAUUUUAUGUCCUUUUUGUUUUCUAUUCUUACUCUUCAGCACCUGUCUGAGAUACUCCGAGGAUUACUGCAGCACCACCGGCUUACUGUGGACGAUAGUUAUGGGAUUUAUUCUCUUAUAUUAAACAUACGGAGGGGACGAUCAGGAGUGAACUCCUCAGAGGUUUAAACUACCACGAACAACAGCCUUCAUGUGUGUGUGUGUGUGCGUGUGUGUGUGUGUGUGUGUGUGCGUGUGUGUGUGUGGCAGUGUUAAGACUAUAAAAAGGCACAGGUUGUUCAGGUUGAGGCGCCACUGAAAUCAGAGCCUGUGUCACAAAUUCUAGUAGGGGGAUAAGUCAAACAUUAGGUAAUCAACCACCCAAUCCCCUCUCUGUUACCAGCACUCACACACUCACACACCUUCCUGCCUCUGCCCCUUCACACCGAGCACAGAAACAGUACAAUACGUCAGCUCAGGCAUUAUCAGGUCCCGUCAUCCACUUUCACACAUACUAAAAUAUUAACUUCCCAGUCACCGACGACAGAAACACCAAAAAGGUGACGUCGAUGUGGUCAGUGGUGGCCCGGGAGCUUCCUGAGCACAUAUUGUACAACGUGAGGAGGAGGAGGGAGGGACCUCAACUCCAGCCCCUCACAACCCCCCCUCGUCCUCAGCUGUCAAUCUUUAUCGUACCCACACAUCCCAUUUUCUGCCCUGUCAUGCUCCGUGGCACAGCAACGGCAAAGUGAGUUGCAUCAUCGGUCUGGUCUGAAAUCUGGCUGCAGCGUGUGUCCUACAGAGCGUCCUUCAGCAUCAGACACAAUCUUUAUUCAUUGUGUUAAUUAAAGGAAGAGGCUGAUAUUCUUCUGUAUUGUCAACAACUCCUACGAAGGGACCGAAACACUGCGUCUCCGUCAUCUCUCAGUAUUUUAAUAACUUUCUGUCUGUGGCCUCUGGCACCAAACACAGUGUGUGACUCACCGAUGUUUAACACAAUCCAUUUUGGACAGUGAUGGACGUCUGUGGCACAGAGGAACAACAUCAGGCUUCAGAAUAAGAUCAGACACUUGUUGUUUUUUGUGUUUUCAUCCUUCAGAAUAAAUGUCCUCACUUAUAAGAAUCAGCGGCGUCCGUGUCGUUGAGUUGCUUGAACCAUGUGUUGAUGCUAUUUUAUUGAUUUAUAGAUUUAUUUAGAUUUUACUGGAU